GCGGGUCUUUCAAUUCUCAGUGGAUUUGAGAGAAAUUUUUCAAACAAAAAAGUUUUCUGCUCUAUUCGUGUUGAUAAACCUCUUAAAUUUGCAAGGUGUAUUGCUUUAUUUGAAACAAAUAUCAUAAAAAUUAUCGCCUCAUAUGGUUAUUUAACUUUUGCUUGUAUAAGUUGGGCAACAACCUCUGUCUAAAUCUGGUGUUAAUCUGACUAUAAACUGAAAUCUCUGUCAGCUCCUCUUAGCACUAUGUCGCCUAAUUAGCCUAAAUUUCCCUAAGCUCUCUCGUGGACCGCUGGCUUUGAAGGUCCAGACUACUGGGCUAUUACAGGAUUUGUUUCUUGUUUAGUCUUUCCUGGUAUGUUUAUGAGAUCUUCUUUGACUGCAAAACCAAAACACACUUUUAUCUUACUCGCCUACACUUCUCAUUUUCAAUUUUAGCCCUCGAGAAACAUUUAAAUUUGCCCGCAGUAAGUUGACCUGUAACUAAAUACUCUGGAGGAGAAUCGGAACCAUAAUUUUAUAAUAAUUUAUAAUCUCAAUCUCUAUUCAUUGUCUGGUCUGUGCAAGCUCGUUAUAUGCCCUUUAUACUUUAGCUCUUUGCCUUUUUCUUUUGCCCUCUGAUCCACAAAGCAGCCAAUUCAAGUCUGAUUCGUUUCCGUACUCCAUUUUUUCAUAUACUCCAUUUUCAGUAUUUCAGUAUAUUCAAUGAAAUCACAGUACCGCUGUGACAAUACUGUGUGACCCAAUUGAGCCACACUUUUAGUGACCUGGGACCCUCUUUUCAUUUCGGCAUCCUUUCUUUUAUCGAUUCAAAUUGACUCCAAACUCGCCCGCUCAGUGUGGAAACAAUAAUCUCAAUUCAAUUUUAAAAAGGCAUCAAAAUGGAAACAUCAUCGACACACUUCUUUGCUUUGUAAUUUAAAAUAGAUCUAUAUACACCCAUAUAUCUCCUAUUGAUUUCUCUCCAGUCUAACACUCUACCGUCCAUUUUUUGCUUUUAUUGCGCUUUUCAUCAUCUUGGUCGAUAUUUUCCUUCGCUAAUCUUUUUCAUCUAGCAGGAAUUAGCCACCUCAAUUCGUUAAUACUUCUAAUUAUAGUUUUUGAUCAGUUUUUGCUCACAAAAUUUACUUUAGAAGAUAAGCUUUCAGAGUGAGAACUAUUUUAUCAAUUUCCUUUUUACUUCUAAACCUUUUUAGCAAUUUUAUGAUAAAAUAGCAGACUGCAUCAAAUAAAUACCAAAUGAAGAAAAAAAUAGUAGCCCAAAGAUUCGGGCUAAUUUCCCCACCCCUCAACGCCUCGCCUUCGCCGGCGACUUGCGACAACAAUCUAAUUACCCUUACUUCAAACCCUGAUCCAACGGAUGACUCAUUUCACUUUCAUUCCAAAGCUGAGUCAUUGACAUCAACUGGACGUAAUAAUUUAUUAACCAAGUUAGACAAAAUUAGUGAAAGUAGCAACAGUAUUAACUCAAACGGGUACAGAUUGGCUCGCCCUUCUAGUUCCGUUUCAAACCCUAACAUUAAUUCUUCCUUCUGGGGAGGGGGCAGCAAAGAUGCCUAUUGCCCAAAUGGGGGAGGAGCACAGAAUGUGUUCUCAACAAACAGCAGAGAGGACAAUAACCCUCUGAUUAAUGUAGAUGAUGACGACGAUGACAGUUUUUAUGACGACCACAAUGAACUCACAGAAUGGCACCUGGAUGAUUUCACGCCCUCUGCGAGCAGAUCGACCAGUUUCUACAGAGGUUUUUUCGACUCCACUCACGAGCGACUGAGUCAGGCGAUGACUACGGGAGGUACUCUCUUCAAGAAGGGGGGAGGGAGAGGAGGGCGCUCGUCUAACUCACCAUCAUCCGCCGCACCCCUCCAGACAGGUCUCUGUAUCACCCUUGCACUGGGUUUCAUCUGUGGGGUGGGGGGACUGUUCAUUGGGAGUGUGGUGGCAUCGUGGGGGGAGCAGGAGUGCGAAGGGAGCAUAGAAAGGGGACAGAGUGAGCAGUGGCUGGCCAAAUUCGAUCAAAUAUUGGCUGAGGCAGGGGGCUUCCGACAACCGACAUCUGUCACUCAUAUCGGCUUCAGAUCUUUUACAAGAGGCAAGCGGAACUCUUCGUCCGAUUCUUCUUCUUCUUCUUCUUCUUCUUCUUCUUCAGUGGGCGAGUAUGUACUGCGGAAUAUGGAACUGUUUGACCUCGGGUGGAACUCGAUGUUGAUUGAAGAGAGGCAUUUUGUUCCAGUCUAUCUGCCAGUGGCUGUCAAUCUAUCCAUUCCAGGCCAGCCUGGCGAUCAAGUCACUCGGUUUCUGCAGAUGGAAACAAUCUUGGAGCCCAAUAAACAGCAGUUUUACGGUCUUAUAGUGGAUAUUGGCAACUGUGAGCGCCUGGCAGAGUACGCAGUGAACACAUUUGUUUCUCCAACGAUCCUGCUGUGUGGAUACUCCGAGAGCACUGAAACACUGGUACCGCUUUUGUGGUCGCCGAGGGUGGAGUUGCUCAUCGCCUUCAACAGAUCCUUAGGAUCACCAUCGAUUGCCAGACAACAAGAACACAUUCGGAACCCUGACGAGCCAAUAAAGAGCAGUCUUGUUGCAACAAAUGGCACAGUAUAUGAAUCAUCUUUUGAGUCAUCUCUCUACAAAUUGCCAGUGCCUUUUGUUGUGGUAUCUCAAGCAAUUCCCAACAUAUUCACAAAACGAAACACUCAGCUCUCCGUUGAGCAGAAGAUAAUCAGCCAAAACUUCACUUUCGUCAAAGCAUUCAUCAGAGGCUCCAAGUUUGAAGACGAACUGGUAGUUAUUGGCGCAAGUUGGACUGAUGAAAAUUCCAUGUCACUUCUCACCACAAUUAUGGACAGUAUGGAGCAACUCAAAAAGAGAGGCUGGCGCCCCUUGCGAAGUCUUUUGUUUUUGGUUUGGAAUGGAUCAAAACUGGGGCUGCAGGAGUGGGUGACUACACACAAGGACUUACUCGAUGUACAACUCAAGACAUUCAUAGAUCUCAGCAACCCCAUAAAAGGUCAUGAUACCUUCAGUGCUUCUGGUUCAGUUGCUUUGAAACAAGCUGUGUAUCUCGCGUCCAAACAGGCUCUGUCUCCCUAUUCGGAUGCUUACACUCUGUAUGACAGAUGGGUCCACUGCAACCCACAACCCCUGCCAUUUAAUUAUUCCGUGCCCAGAAUGACUUAUGGAGAAGAGGGCUCUCUGUCCAGGCUGAUCCAGGGGACAUUAAAAACAUCUGUUGUGUCCCUACAAUUCCUCAAAGUCCACAAGUCGUCUUCGUGGACAAUGAAUCAGCUGUGUGAAAGUGGCUCUGACUCCGCGGAGGGAGGAAAGAAGCCCUCAGCUGAACUGUUACUUCAUCAGUUGAGUCAAGUGGCAGUAAGACUUCUGCUGAUGAUGACGAGUGACCCCAUUCUACCAUUCAACGUAGUAGAUGUCACUCAUGCCAUCAAACAGGCACUACCAGCCGAUUUCGGAGAGGGAAGCGAUAUCAGUGGUGUGAUUGACCGACUUCAGAUGGAGGCCACACAUAUACACGCAUUCCUAGACUUCACUGCGCCCACCCACUCAGUCAGUGGGACGGAGGCGAAAAGCAUCAACCAGCGCCUGUUUGCCACUUCUUUCUACAGUCUAGAGCCCAUUUUAAUAGAAUAUGGUCUACACCUGGACAGAAUACAACAAAUGAUCCACCUACACAAGUCACAUUCAAACCGCGAAGAUGAUGAAGAGGACAAGAGUGACUCAUCUUCUUCACACCUGUGGAGAUUGGCCAUUCGGGUUCAAACCGAAUCUGUCAUUAGAAAUCAUCUACACAACGCUCUGUCUUUACUGAAUUCUGCACAGCAGACCUUGUAGACUUCUAUAAACUUAAUAUUUUUGCUUAGUUAAAAAUCCU